CCAGAUGUGACUAAUGUAAAGCCUGUGUCAUGGUGAAGGAAGCUAAAGCCCAGCUUUGUAGUGGAGGUUGUACUGAGCAGUGUGAUAACAUCUUAGACCGUUGUUCCGCUUCAAGUUCCGGAUAACCUCGAACUGACUUCCUUCACCGACGUUUCUCGAAACCUGUAGUGAGGAGAACAGAGACAUGUCAACAGUAAAUACUAAGCACACACCACUCGAGAGAAGCGCUCCACGGUGUUGAGUACUGACAAAGUCUUGAGGAGGGCGGUAGUAAGGAGGCUGGAAAUAGUUCCGCUUUCAUACGCGGUCUUCAUCUUUCCGUCAUCAUCACUUUCUGUGCUUUUCUGUGUAAACCUCGUCGCAUGAGUUCAAAGCAAAACUAAAUGAGCUUUGUGUACAACAGAGGACUUUAGAACGUAUACUGUGCUCCACUUGACCUCUCCCCUAUUGUAAGUUCAAGUGUUAAGCGGUGGAUACUUCCCUCACUAACGAGAAUUGACAUUAUUAAUUUCUCGUAACAGUUGUUGUACCGGUCUCACGUAGACAAUAUAGACAACAAAGUUAACGGAUAUCUUGGACAAGAAUCGGCCGGCAGUUUAGUUACUCCAAUAUGGAUUACUCCAGGUACACCAGGCAGCAAGCUUGUGAAGGACAUAGUCAUCCUCAUGUUUGUGAUCCACGUACAGUGAACACCACGAGUGAACACUACUAAUGGAGUACAACUGGACAACUAUUCAAGCUUUAAUAGACUCUAGGAUUUGAUGUGACAGUCGAUGACUCAGCUGUUGUUCUUUGGUGCCACGGAAAAGACCUCAACACUGCGCGCGCGUGUGUUUGUGUGUUUAUGUAUGUGUGUGCGCAGUGGGGUUACCGAGCUGCUGGUCAUCACCAUGGAGACCUUAGCGGUGAUAAUAGUGGAGGUGUUUGGGGAGAUGACAGCCAUGUUUGUACUGAGUGGCUACUUUAAAGUAUCUUGCGGUCAACCAUUUGUGACGUCAGAUUUUCUCGCUGCAUGCACGAACUAAUAUCCCCGGAUUGCUUGCAGACGAGGCAUUAGACGACAUAGCUUCCGGUUUAGUCACAUUAUUUGUUAUGGCUCGCCGAGACUAACAGCGGAUCACUUGGCAAGAGGCCAAGUGUGAGUCGGCGUACAGACAUCAGUCCACCAAUACACGUCCAUGCUGCGUAUGAGGACGUCACGUGACUGUGAGACAUUUGACACAAACGCAUCGCAUUUCUUUAUUCCGUGAACACGUGUGUUGCUGACUAACGUGAUACGGGACUACACAGGCCACAACUCAAACAGGAAGGUUUAUCUGACAAGAACCCUCCGCUUUCCGCCCCUGAAGUGUGUUGUUUGUCCACCUAUCUUACCUUUUGACGAGAGACUGAUUGUAGGAGGACGGUAGCGUCCUGCCUGUGUCCUGCGGUGAAGGGAAGAAAUGUUACUUGAGAGUGACGUGGCUAAAACACAUUGAUUAAGACAGGAGAGAAGUUAUAUACGUAUCGCACGAUGCCUGCCUGGCAGGCUUAUUACGGUUAACAUAUUUCUUAAUUAAUUUUCUUUGCUGACUGAGCGGAAAUUUUUAAUUGAAAGUAACCAUGGAAUAGUUCGUGAAAAUGAGAAAGUUUUUUUUUUUAUUUUCACGUGUUGAACAUAAAGGAGAGCUCUGCUGUGAAAAAACAUUUGAAGUGAUGCGCAGCUCUACAGCGAGACUUGUACACAGUCUCCUCCACAAAGCCAGGGGAGGGAACUGCGUUGAUGUGAAGCAGUUACGUACCUUGGAAACAGGUUGAGACCUUAGUGAGGUAGAUGUGCUCUCACAGGCUUCUUCCAAAUGGCGUUUAAGGGUCCGGAAUAUUGUAUUCAAGUUUUUACCGAACUAGUACCACGCUUGUAAUUUUAAACAUUUCUUACAAGUGAGUGUCUGCCUUCCUGACAACAGUGUUUACAGCAGUGUUCACAGUGUUUACAGCAGUGCGGGUAGCUUUACCCUCUAAAUACCCGUCACAGCCGAGUCUUUGUUGGCUGCCACUGACUUGUUCGUUCCUCCUGAUGACGCUUCAGCUGAUGUCCGUAAAGCAAGUGAACACAAACAGGUGGGAUUUUCAGGAAAGAAUCAGAAUACAGACUUGCUUCAGGGAGACAACUCUCAACCAUGUCCGAUCACCUGCCGUCUGCCUCACAAGAGGCCCAGACAUUCUGGCUCCAGUGGGUUGAGGCCGCGUUUCCUGACCUCGAGUCACGCGCCUACUUCCUGCCUCCUGUCUACUUCAACCGCGUGCCGAUGUCCAGACAGUUGAUUGCUGAUCAAAAUGUUCUGGUCCUUCAGUCAGCACCUGGACAGGCUGGUCAGUGUAGCAGUCCAACAACGGUUUCCUAUCCUCCUUCCCCAGAAGAAGGUCCUCAGCCAGCCCUUGUCCAGGACAGUGAUGUCAGAAACGAUGCAGCCAUGCAGCGGCUACUCGUCUGUCUUCAACACUUGUUCGAGCUAAUGUCUGACCAGAACAAAGAAGUGUUGGUGACACUGAGUCAGCUGCAGUUCGGACAGUACCUGGGGGAACCUUCUUACGCUGCGGCGGCCGCCCAGCUGCCUCGUCCCGCCAACAUUUCUCCAUCUCUACCUCGGGAGUGGAAGAGGGGAGACUUCGAUGUGCUUCUUAUUCACCGACAAUAUGGUCUUGUAAUCUGUGAGGUGAAGGCUUCAGGGGACAACGUAGAGGCACUAAGUAUGUCACAGGAGGACAUAAAUCAUAUUAUCAGAAACAAACUAAGAGAAGCUAUAUUGCAGCUAAACAAGGCGGAGGCCAUGUUGUCUCACCUGGUGUCUGACAUCGCCCUCGGAUUGCGCAUCACUAAGACCAUCGCACUCCCUAACCUUACGGCUCAUCAGGUGCAACAAGCUGUAUCUGGUGACACUCAGCUGAGUCAGGACCUGUGUCUGUGUCUGGGAACACCUGACCCCGCUGCCAUCACUAGUCUGUGUCUGUGCUGUGACCAGCUGUCUGACCCCAAGACCCCCUGGGACGUCAGUGACAACGUGGGGAGACAACUGAAGACCUGGUGGCAGCGACGUGUGGCUGGGGCUGGGCCUGACAGUCACAUGACUGAUGACGUGUACAAAACCCUGGUAGCCAGAUUCUGCGGUCCGGCGACAACAGUGAGUGUGCCAUGCACAUGUCCUCCACGUGUGAGUGUCAAGACCCUGGGUCAGGCCGUCUCCCACACAGGAGAGUGCUAUACUGCUGAGAUAACUUUGUUCCCAGAGCAAGUGAACUUGCUGAGCGAUGCUCCUCCCAGACUCUAUCUCACUGGACCACCUGGCACAGGUAAAACUGUGGUGCUGCUGCUGAUGGCUGCACUGUGGCUACAGUCUGGUAGCGAUGUGUACAUUGUGAGUACUUGUACUGAGAGUCAUACAGUGUGCAACAUGUUGUACCACCAGCUGCUCCACACAAUACACAAGCAGAAUGAUACAACAGUGACAUCUGGUCAGCCUCACUUCCUGCAGUAUCAUCUUGAUCAAGGUGAAGAUGUAGAUAAGGCCGUGGACGACUUAUCAAAGGCAGUGAAAGGCGACACGUUGUACGUCAUCGCUGAUGAAGCGGCCAGGCCACACUGGUUUAGUCCGUUGUGUGAUAAACUGCUGAGACAAGUUUCUCGUCUCCAUCUGUGGGCGGCAAGUUGUUUCCAUGGAUACGCACCCACCGGCUGGCCAGUGGAAUAUUUAACCAGACCUCUCCGCUCUCCACCGGCCGUCGUCAGGGAAGUGGUGCAGGACGUGAGGAUGUCUGCACUCGAACCUCGUGUCAAACCAUACACUGAGCGAGGUGUGCCCGACCACACAGACGGCCCGCCAGUCAGGCAACUGUAUCAUCGACCAUGGGAGGGUCACUCAGGUCGAUGGCCAGAGAAUUGUGUUAAGUGUGGUGAUCAGGUGGCCAGCUUGCUACACAGUCUUCGUGUUGGUGUUCAGGAUGACACGACUACCACCUCUACCAGCAGCGGGAGGUCACCACCCGGCCUGCAGUGGCGAGACGUGCUGGUGGUGGUGUGGCGCGGAGACGUCAGUGACAACUCGGGUAUGGUGACGGGGCUGAGAGGAGCUGACAUCCCAGUGCGGGUGAUGAAGGAUGAGGACAUCGAGGACGUGGCCACGGCCCGCAGUGACGUGGUGUGGGUGACGCGUGAAAACCACGUGCGGGGCCUGGAGAGAAAAGUCGUCGUGUGUGUGGAGAGUGUUCCUGACAACUCUUCUCGACUUCACCCCAUGUCCCGCUGUACGUCACAACUGGUCAUCGUCACCCCUGAGGACCCGCCGUCUGAACAGGAAUAGCUUCCACAAAUGUUGUAAUCUGUACUACAUUUAAAUAUGCACUACGACCUGGAGAGAGCGAGAGAGAACGUGUGUGUGUGUUGAAAAUCGAUGUUACCUCCCCUUCGUGCCCUUUGCGUAGCUCUCAAUCUGCUCAUUACACGACGUGUUUUAUCUGCCCCUGUUUUUCCGACCUCAAGGAUGACGAUGUGUGAAGGUAGAGCAGCUGAUAAACAACUGUUUUGUGAGAAGCACACUGAGAUUUAAUGUCUGGUGGUUUGGUGUACAUGACAAUUCAAGGAUGCGAACAAGUGCGUAGCCAGGGCAACUCCAGAGCCGAUGUAUAACUGCUAUAACCAUGAACGUAGAUCCGCUAUCUACGUCCAUACUAUAACUAACUCGUUUGACUAAAGUUAACGAUGUUUUAUGUGAAACUGAUAACAAUGGCAGAACAAGGGAGACAACUACUCUGUACCAAGAGUGAGCUCCCAAGACAGCGGAUAAAAAUUUAUGGAACUAUUUUUGUUAUAAUUAGCAUCCUUGGUGCACUUCUCUGGUUUGGGUUGGUAGCAACUUUAACUAUUUAUUGUUGUGAUGAUCGUUGUUUGUGUUAUUAAAAACUCACCGGCAAA